GUACGGAUUCUGGAGCAAAGUUUAUUCUUCGUGCGAAUCGGCUGACGAAAUGAACGCGGUGCUAAUUUUGUUGUUGGUGGCUGCAGCAGUCGCCAGUGCUGCUGAACCCAGGCGUUUCUACCACUCUUCGAUCGGUAUCAAGGAGGCAGCUCGCAUCAAAAAGGCUGAGGAUGCUCUCCGUCACGUCGGUGCUAGAGUCGUUGGCGGUGUAGCGGCUCCCAUUGGUGCUCAUCCCUACUUCGGCGGUCUGCUGAUUACCCUGCUCGGAGGAUAUACCUCGGUAUGCGGUUCAUCUCUAAUUUCCUACAACCGUGCCUUGACUGCUGCACAAUGCUGGUACGAUGGUCAAAUAGCCGGUCAUGAAGUAACCGUUGUUCUUGGCUCUAACUACCUCUUCCACGGAGGUCUCAGAGUGCUCAGCCGUGACGUCAUUAUGCACGAACAGUGGGACCCUCUCAGGAACGUGAACGAUAUUGCCAUCAUCAACAUGCCCUACGUUCCUAUGAGCAAUUACAUUCAGCCUAUCCGUUUGCCCAGCAACAACUAUGAUACCUUCGUAGGUGUUAAUGCGCAGCUUUCUGGAUUCGGCUACACGGAUGAUGAGCGGCCCAUCACAGCUAACCAGUAUUUGAGCCACGUCAAUUUGCCUGUGAUCUCUAACGAGGUGUGCGCUUCGUACUUCCCUGCAUACAUCUUCAGCUCAAAUAUCUGCACCAGCGGAGACGGAGGCAAGGGUCCUUGCAUCAGUGAUGUCGGUGGUCCUCUCACCACAUACUCAUAUGGACAACGUGUUUUGAUUGGAGUGGCGCAGUUCACUUCCGUAUUCGGCUGCCAGGCUGGUUUUCCUGCCGCUUACUCUCGCGUCAGCUACUAUCUGCCUUGGAUUCAGCGAUACCUUUAAGUGCCUAUUUAUAAACACACUACGUUGAAUAUAAAUUAUUUUUACCAAC